ACAGUGUUGUUUAUUUUCAUCGUAUAUUUCAAAUAAUAUAUUUGUACGUUGGCUGCAUUGCAGUCGGUCAAAUUGUCGGCACUAUUUGAGACGAAGUUUUGGAGGUAAUAAGUUUUUAAGUAAUAAAUCAUCGUUUAUAACAUGGCUGAGGACAAGAAUCAAAACAUUGAAUUGACAGAUCACGAAGCAGAGUUGUAUGACAGACAAAUCCGUUUGUGGGGUUUAGAUUCACAGAAACGCUUACGAGCAGCCAAAGUAUUAUUAAUAGGCUUAAAUGGUUUUGGAGCAGAAGUAGCAAAAAAUAUUAUUCUGGCAGGUGUGGAAGCAGUUACAUUUUUAGAUCAUAGAAAUGUAACAGUUGAGGAUCGGUGCUCUCAAUUUUUAACACCUAGAGAUACAUUAGGAAAGAAUAGGGCCGAAGCAUCUUUACAAAGAGCUAAAAAUUUAAAUCAUAUGGUUAAUAUUGAAGCUGACACAUCUAAGGUAGAGGAUAAGCCAGAUGCAUAUUUCUGUAAUUUUGAUGUUGUUUGUGCAUCGGAAUGUACCAUUACACAAAUGAAGAGAAUUAACAAAAUAUGUAGAAAGCAUAACGUGAAAUUCUUUGCUGGUGAUGUAUGGGGAACUUUUGGCUAUACUUUUGCUGAUUUAAAAGUCCAUGAAUAUGCAGAAGACAUAGUACAAACCAAAAAGAUACAACUCUCAGAGAGCGGUGAGCCAAUGGACAAAGAGAAGUUUGAAAAUAUAACUGUGACAGAGAAACGUAAAGAUAUAUUUGUACCUUUUGAAUCAAUUUUAAAUGUCCCAAAGACUUCCAUUCCUAAAGAGUCAGAAAUGUAUUAUAUGAUGUUAAUAAUGCUCAAUUACCGUGAAAAAUACAACAAAGAUCCAUCACCCAGCGAAAGAGGUUCCGAGAAUUUCAUAGCAGAGGCUACAGAAAUCAUAAAAAAAUACGAUCUCGGAGAUAAACUAAAUCCUUUCGUUGAGGGUGACGUAUACGCACAAGUCAGCCCAGCAUGCGCUAUCGUCGGCGGUAUUAUGGGCCAAGAAAUAAUUAAAGCGGUCUCACAAAAGGGCGCUGUGAAUAAUAAUUUAUUCAUCUUCAACCCAGACACAUUGUGUGGAAAGAUUUUGAAACUGGAAUGAGUAGCCUGGAGGAAGUUACGUACGGCAUUGAUAGGUUGUCCUUCUGGGAUAACCAGUAAUACCAGAUAUGGACAACAGUAUGGAGUGACAUUUCUAAUGGCACCAUCACCGCCAUAUUUCACGCUCGGUAUGCCGCAGCCCCCGCCGCCAUCACCAGCCUUCGCGGCGGGCAUGACCGAACCCCCGCCGCCACCGCCAACUUUCGCGGCGGCCAUGGCGGCCAACGCAAGAAUGUGAGUAACAGGCGGCGGCGGCAGCGGCAAAAUAGACGCCGCAGAAGGACCGCGGCAAGAGAUGUACUACUAACGCGGCCUCCACCCGCGAGAACGCAACAAGAGAGAUGACAGGGGCCGGUAAAUAAAUAUAUUUAUAUAACGCAAAGUUUUUAAAAAAAUAAGAUAAAAUAUGGGUAAUAUAUUCACUUUAUAAA